CUUUCUUUUACUCCUCCACCUCUUCUCAAAGACCCGUCCCUGCUCCCCAUCUUUUAUCCUACAUUAUUUCCACAAUGGCUGACGCACAUCUCGGAACCGAAGCAACUGCUGCUACGAACGCUCAGACAAAGUCUACAGAGAAGCGUCGUGAGAAGGUGCCUGCACUCUCGCGUUCUGCUCGUGCAGGUUUACAGUUCCCUGUAGGUCGUAUCCAUCGUUACUUGAAGGAUCGUACUCAAAACCACGUCCGUGUAGGCGCCAAAGCUGCAGUUUACUCUGCAGCCAUUCUUGAAUACUUGACGGCUGAGGUACUCGAGUUGGCAGGAAACGCAACAAAGGAUUUGAAAGUUAAACGCAUCACUCCUCGUCACUUGCAACUCGCUAUUCGUGGAGAUGAGGAGCUCGACUCAUUGAUCCGUGCAACCAUCGCUGGAGGUGGUGUUCUUCCUCACAUUCACAAAGCACUGCUGUCAAAGACACAGAAGGGCCAGAAGAAGAUUGGACCUUAAAAAGAUGCGUAACCCAGUAGGGAAUAAAAAACAGGCGUCAGGAGCGAGGAAGAAAGUGUCUUUCCCUUUCAUUUUCUACACAUAUUUUCGAAGCCAAACAUUUCAAAACGCCAGGAAUUAUACAUGAAGCUGAGAAUGUGUAAUAGCUUCAAGAAUCUGUCAUUCCCAUUAAUCAUCUCUUCUUUUGACGCCUUACACUCGUCUUUAUUUUAUCUUGUAGUUCCCGCCAUUACCCCUAGUAAACUUUUAAAAGACUGUAUUUUACAAAAAAAAGGAAAAAAACUAAAAACACACGCCAUCAUUGCAU